GUCUUUGAUGUCCGGCCACUGUGGGGUGAGCUGCAGCCAGGAGAGAGGCAGCUGGUCACCUUCUCCUUCUUUGGCUACGCCAACAUCGUUGCCCGUGUCAGGGCUCUGUGCCACGUGGAGGGAGGCCCCACCUACGAGGUGGUGCUGACUGGGCAGGCUUCGUGCCCCAGCUACCAACUGGACGUGGAGGAGAUUGACUGGGAGCCGCAGGUGUUUACCAAAGUCCUCCAAGCAGAGGUCACCCUGCACAACACCGGGGUUAUUGAGUUCACCUACGUGGUGCCAAACUCCAGCACUGGCACUGCAGCAAACCCUCUGCCUGGUGUGCCCAUGGUCAUGCCCACCACAGGUUCCAUUGCACCUGGCGAAAAACAAGUGCUGAAAGUCUAUUACCUGCCAGGAAAGCAAGGAGUCUUCUGCAGGACUGUCCAGAUCCAAGUGGCUUAUCUGGAACCAGCAGAGAUCUUCCUGAGAGGAGAGGGGACCAUGUCUAGAAUCACCAAGGACCUACCCCGGAAAAGUUUGAAAGAAAAGAGGAAGAAAAGAAACCUGAAGGAAGAAAAAAGGAAGAGGGAUGAAUCACCUGUCAUCAACCCUGAAGACAAACCCUGAGAAGUUCAGUCCUGAAAUUCCUUCUGAAACUGGGAAGCUCUUUAUGAAGAAGUUUUCUGUUGCUAAGCCUGUGAAUGCUUUGACAUGUCAUCACGUGGAAUUUCCCUUACUCUGAAGGACUCAAUGAAUGAAUUGAAGAACCUGAUGAGUGAGAAGAACCUCAAGUUCAUGCAAGGUGUGCAUUGGCACACCUCGUUUACUAAUAAAGCA